AUGAGAGGAACGGUGCCCAUUUUGCAACCCGGUAGCUUUCGAAAACAGGUGGACCUUGCCGAUACAUCCCUCCAUGCUUAUUGUUUCGUCACUGCUGUCUGCGCUUUUGUGGUUACUCAAACUGGAUUUGCCGUGGAGCACGCAUCCUCGGAAUCCUCUCGAGACUUUUGUACUGAAGACUACCGAAAUUCUCUUAUUGAGGAAGCCACCGAAGCUCGAAAGCAUAUCGAUCCAUUCACAGAUCCUGUACGGCAAAACAUUACCAUCGCUUUUCUUCUGUAUGGAUGUCAUAUUGGACUAGGAAAUCAACGACAUGCAUAUUACUUUCUCCGCGAAUCCACGACGCUUUAUACGGCCAGCGCUUUAGAAAGUCAAGCAUCAUCGGCGCAGGUGGAUGACGAUGACCCUUCCUUGGCAGGGAAAUUGUUUUGGCUAUUAGUGGUGUCCGAGAGAGCCCAUGCGAUCCGCCGACAUAGACCAAUUACGCUGCAGGUCACUCCCGACAGCCCUCAAUUAGAAGACGAUGCACUUCCAACGCAAUUGGAAGAUGAUCCACUUGCAAAUGCGUCAGCCAUUGGGUUUCGGUGUCUGGUAAAUCUCUACCGUCCAUUUGAUGAAGGUUUUCUGAGCCAGUGGAAUGGAACCAAUGCCACAUGCUCGAUUGAGUCACUAGUUCGCCUUGAGGAGCGGAUCCAAAGUGCAGUCCCGGCGGACCUCGAUCUGCCUGAUAUACUCAUGGCGGACUUACGUGUCUCCCAACAGUGGCUGCGUAUCAUGAUAUGGCAGCUUUCUACAACUGCUGGAUUUCUUUCGACAAAUCCUACUCAUGAAUCCAUGGAUUUUCGAUACCCCCUCAUAAUUGCUCAAGAUCUCUGCUUCGCAACAUGGAAAUUAUCCAGGCAGAGUAUGGAAACCCAUGGAAUUGGUCUUAUUGAAAAAAUAUUCGAGGUCGCGUGCACCUUGAUUGAUGUUAUGGCAUGCCUCUCAGCGGCUGGGCUCCGUUCUUCGGGAUUCAAGCUUGGCCCGCUGGAUUAUCUCAAGCAUUUCUUCACUCUCAUCCACGAUCUUCCCGGAGGACGGCGAAGGUUUCUUCCACUGCUACUUACCAAAAUAGGGCAAACUCUGCCAUCCAUGGUGGACACUAUCACCGUUCACCUGAAACUCCAACCCGGCCUCCUCGUUCCGAGCUCUACCAGUGAGUCAUCAAUAUCCGCUGGUGUCGGAAAUGACAGCUCAAUUGAACAGUCGUCCGCAGAAUUAGUUUCCGAGUCUGAAAAUUGGAUGAAUAGUAACUUCAACUAUGCGGAGAUGAGCCGUAUCGGUGAGAAAACACCGGAGAUUGAUGAGGCAUUUCUCCAAUACUCCAGUUACUUUCCCUGA